GCGUAACCAUGGCAACUGUGUUUGUUGCCAUUAGAGUGCAAAGACACGACCUGUAGGGCUUUUUAGCUGUUAUUUUAGCUAACAAAUAGUCGGAAAAAACACGUUAAUUUAAUUGAAAACGACUUUGUAAAAGCUUGUAGCUGUUACAUAAUGGACUCAAAUUCGUUGUAUUAUUCUUUGGAGCUCGUUGCUGGUAGUGGACAUAUUUUAACCCUCGAGCAAAGAACCGCCCUGGAGUCUUCCUUAGUGCUCCUGAAGAAAAACUACAAGUUCAGUCGAGUGUUGUUUUGGGGUAAAAUAUUAGGAAUUAAUGGGGUUUAUUUUAUUGCUCAGGGGAGAGGAGAAGAUGAGAUGAAAGACAAAAAGAACCUGUAUAGCUUGAACUGCAUGGACUGGUUCCUACUUCCCCCUGCCUCAGACUCUAUGAUAGAGGAAGUGUCCAAAGCUACAAAGGGUCGCUUCAUGGGAGACCCGUCAUUUGUGUAUGAACAUCAAGAGAUCCACAGGCAAGGAAAGGGAAAUGAGCCUGUAAAUGAGAAGGCAGUGAUAACAGUAACUGAGGAAAAAAGACUGGCAGUGUCCGUUCAUCAGAUCGAUGCAGAAGUGUCUGUGGUGCCUCGUGGCGCCUUCAUCAAGAGUCCACGUGGUCUUGUCCAGCUCAACCGCAGCUUCUGUGGUCUGUCUGAGGCAGAAGCAAGGAAGCUUGACAAUUUCCUUCACUUCAGACAAUCAAAAAAUAAGAAGAAAUCUGCCCUGGACAUGGGUGAUUGGAACCCAGCAAUGGACUAUCUGGAUGCACUCAGUGAUGACAUUCCGAAAGGAUCUUGGAGUCUUCAGUUUGAGUUCGCAAGAAAAGUGUGCGUGCUUCGCAGUCUGCUGUGGUUCGGCCUGACCUUCUACCACGUGCCAAUGACACCACAGCAUGGAUACAUCUAUAUAGGUGACGGGACCAAGAAUUUGGACCUUCCUUUCAUGCUAUAAAAGCUUUUUUUCAAGCUGCAUACUCUCAGUAAUUCACAAAACCAAAAUCUGCUAAGAUCUUGUUGUAUUAUAAAACAAAUAAAACUAGGUUGGUACAGUCA